GAUGUAAACACAUUGUUCAGUGUAGGACGCAGCUGAUUGAUUUCGGUCUCGCAAAACCCUAACACUCAUUCUCUUGUAUACCCCCCCAAAAACCCCAAAAAGAAAUCUUUCAACCGUUCUUCACUGUCCAGUGCCCACUACUCUCUCUCUCUCUCUCUCAUCGCAGAGUGAAGACAGAGCAGAGAGCGAGCUAAAGGUUUGUUGAAGAAAGAGGUGCGAAGACGAUGGGGGACAAGGGCAAGAAGUUGAAAGUUGAAGAGAAAGCGGAAGAGGAAAACGCAGAGCUCAUUGAUGGAGACCUCGUUGUUUCUAUCGAGAAGUUGCAGGAGAUCCAAGACGAGCUCGAGAAAAUCAAUGAAGAGGCAACUGAUAAGGUCUUCGAAGUAGAGAAGAAGUACAAUGACGAACGGAAGCUUGUCUAUGACAAGCGGAAUGAUAUCAUCAAAUCUAUUCCUGAUUUCUGGCUAAUUGCUUUCUUGAGCCAUCCUGCUCUUUGUGACAUUUUGACUGAAGAAGACCAAAAGAUAUUCAAGUAUCUAAGUUCCCUUGAAGUGGAGGAUUUUAAAGAUGAGAAGUCGGGGUACGCUAUUACUUUUAAUUUCAACCCCAAUCCUUACUUUGAAGAUGUUAAGCUCACGAAGAGUUAUACCUUCCUUGAUGAAGGAACGACAAAAAUUGCUGCAACAACGAUUAAGUGGAAAGAGGGCAUGGGCGUUUGUAAUGGAGUUGCUUAUGAGAAGACAGGGAGCAAGCGGCCUCAUCGUGGUGAAAGCUUUUUUACGUGGUUCAGUGAAGUCCAGCAAAAAAAUGAUGUUGAGGAGAUUCAAGAUGAGGUUGCUGAGAUAAUCAUGGAGGAUUUAUGGUGCAAUCCUCUCACUUAUUUCAACAAUGACGGUGAUGAAGACGAUUCAGAUGGGGAAGAAGAUGAUGACGAGGAAAAAGGCAAUGAUGGCUUGGACAAGGAUGACGACGAAGGUGACGAGGAGGACGGAAAUUGAGUUUCUUUCGAAUCAGUUGGAUUAGAGGUUCUUUGAGCUUGUCUUUCUUUAUCAAAGGCAAUUCUUGCUUGGGUUCUUUCAUAGGAUUAUCCCUGUCUCCAGAUGAAUGAGGAUUUUUAGCCUUUUAAUCUACUACUGCUACGAGCACGUUGAGAUAGAGUUAUGUUGUACUGUUUAAAUGUAAAGUUGCUUGGGUUACCUUUGUAUUAUUUUCCUUAAAGCCUUUUUAUCA